GGUGAGGUGAGGUGAGGUGACGAGGGGCGGGCGUCGCCGCCUCCGGGACGGGCAGUGACAAGCUCCUGGCUCCGGAUUCCACUGAGUCUCAGGGAAGAGGUGGGGGGCGGCCAGGCCUAACAGAGCUCCCCGCGGCAGACCAGGUGAUUGACUUGGCACAGAAGUCUUUGAAGAACUCUAAGAAGAAUGGCAGAAGCAGUUGUGGUAGAUCUCUUUGAUUUGAAAUUGAAUUCUCAGAAAAACAGCCAUCAGAGAUUACUGAAGACGUUGAAUGUCAUCAAAUUCCACCAUGCUUCCAAGGCCAAGUUCCUCUGCAUAAUGUGUCAUAACCCCAUCAGCUGUGAAAGGGAUGGUGAGCAUGAUAAUUGUGAAUUAGAAGCAAGCAAUGGACUAUCAACUCUCCUGAGAGAAUUUGAGACUGUUAACAAUCCCAGCAUGGCUGCCUCAUUGUAUACUAUUAAACAAAAAAUUGAUGAAAAAAAUCUGAGCAGCAUUAAGAUCAUUGUACCCACGCACAGAAAAGCAUUAAUGAAGGCUUUUAUUGAUGAACUCUUCACUGAUGUUUACAAUUUCGAGUUUGAAGAUUUACAGAUGACUUUGAGGGAUGGCUUUUUGAAACAGUCCACUGAAAUAAAUGUGAUCACAGCUCGAGAACUAGAAGAGAUCCGGAAAGAAAUAGAAACCUAUUUGAGCAGUCUGCCAGCGCUGAAAGGAGAAUUAACUAUUAUCACAUCUCCUUUGAUCCCAGAUAUUUUCACACAUGGAUUUACUACAAGAACAGGUGGGAUAUCUUAUAUACCAACGCUUAGCUCAUUCAAUCUUUUCUGUAGUUCCAAACGGAGAGAUCCCAAGGCAGUUGUUCAAGAAAAUCUGCGUAGAUUGGCAAAUACUGCAGGAUUUAAUAUGAAAAAAUUUUACCGAAUAAAGACUGAUCACGCCAGUGACGUCUGGAUUAUGGGAAGGAAGGAACCUGAAUCUUAUGAUGGAAUAACCACAAAUCAGAGAGGAGUCACGAUAGCAGCUCUUGGUGCUGACUGUAUCCCCAUAGUUUUUGCAGAUCCUGUCAAAAAAGCAUGUGGAGUUGCUCACGCUGGUUGGAAAGGUACUUUGUUAGGUGUUGCUAUGGCUACAGUGCAUGCUAUGAUAACAGAAUAUGGUUGUCAUUUGGAAGACAUUAUUGUUGUACUGGGACCCUCAGUAGGACCUUGCUGUUUUACUCUUCCAUGGGAAUCAGCAAAUAAGUUUCAUAAUCUUCAUCCUGAAUGUGUAAGACUGUUUGACUCACCAAAUCCCUAUAUUGACAUCCGAAAAGCUACCAGGAUUCUUCUAGAACGGGGAGGAAUUCUUCCACAUAACAUUCAGGACCAGAACCAAGAUCUCAACCUCUGUACAUCAUGCCAUCCUGACAAGUUUUUCUCCCAUGUCCGAGAUGGUGUUAAUUUUGGUACACAGAUUGGCUUCAUAUCACUUAGAGAAUGAGAUACUUGAUUGGAUUUUUGCGUAAAUGUUUCCUGCUUCCUUCCAAACUGACUACAAGAGAGAAAUUUAACUAGUUAUUUAAAACCAAAGGGAUUACAAUGGAUAAUCUAGAUUAUAUUUUCACUGUUAUCCAAUGCUAAAUUAUUUUCACUUAAUUCUAACAAUAACUAACAAAAAAUUCAAUGUGAUAUAGCUAAUAUAUUUUACAAAUCAGAAUUAUUCUUGAAGUUUGCCCCAUAUUUAUUACAUAAAUCAGAAAUAGAUCUGUUUAGUAUUUAUUGAUUAUUCUCUGUCAGGUGUUGUGUUAAGCAUAGGUAUAUCAAAGUGAAUAAGACUUUCCUUUUGAGUCUAAUACAGUGGAGGAGAUAAACAUAUCUACAACUACAAUUUAAUUUUAAUAGCAGUUGAAGAUUAUAAAAGGAAGAAGGGUUAAUUUUUCCAGAAGGCAUUAUAGAAAUUAUGUUCAGAGAAAGUAAUAUAUUUCAUGAGCUGAACUUUUGGUAAAUGAAGAACAGCUGUAACAGACAGAGGGACCAUCAUGAACCAGGGCAUGAAAUUAUAAGAAGUACCUACCAUGAUCUAGAGGAAUAAGGGUAUGGGCAAGAGUUGAGACUGGAAAAGUGGUUGGAAAUGGAUUAGUGAGGAUCUCAAAUAUCAUUUCAAAGAGUUUGGAACAAGUCAGCAUCAAAAGUAAGGCAGUGUUUUUAUUUCCUUGGCAUCCUAUUUAACAGGAUGGAUUCUAACUGUGAGAGAUCAAAGCAGAGAGGCUAUACUGGAUGUGGUCAAAAUGUUCCAAAAAAGAUAAUGAGGUCCUGAUGAAAGCCUUGGAAAUUAAAAUGGAGAAGAGGGCAGAUGGGUUAGAGAGACAUUUUAGAAGUAUAAUCAGUAGAUCCUGUAAGUAGAUAAAAGGAAGGAAGAGGUGAGGAAGAAUAGAGACAUAGUCAGUGACUCUGUGAUAUUACCAACGGUGACAACAAACAGAAGGUUUGGGACAAGGGAGAAGGAUGCGUUUACAGAGAAUGAAGUACAUCCAAAUGAAACUGUUUGGCCCUUGGUUGGAAAAUAGACCUAGAAAUUAGGAGUGAACCUAGGACAAAGACAGGUUUAGAAGUUGGCUAUGCAAAGAUGGUGCCUGAGUCUAUUGGAGCAGAUUGGAUCAUGCAGGGAGAAAGUAGGAUGAGAAGACAGGAGGUCUGAGGCUGAAUAUUCAUACAGUGCUAGCGUUUGAAAAUAAGAAGCUGAGCCAGUUAAAAUAAUUAAUCCUAGAAGUACAAAAAAAUAGGAGUUAGUCAUUUUGAACAAAUCAACAUAGGUAUGGGAGGUGCUAGAAAAGAAAUCUUCCAAGACAAAGUGUUAACUUGUGUUGAAGCUGUUCUACUUACUGGCAGUGGUGACAAAACAGGUGUCAGUGCAGUGAGGAAGAAGAUGUUUAGUUGUUGAUUCUUGGACAAGAUAUACUUGUAAAGAGAAGAAGCUAAGGAAUGUAUUGGAAGGAGUAUUUUUGGAUGAAUAGUUUUGAGUAUGUUUGCUGGCUAAAGAGAGAAGUGUUAAAUUAUGUUCAUUUAGAAAAAUCAUUUUUAAUGUCAGUUGUCAUAUUACAUCUUAAAAAGAUUUCUUAUUUUAUAUAUAUUUUCUACAUGUAUAUGCAGUAGAAUAACACAAAUAACAUUUGGUAUUUACCAAGGACUUUCAUGUGCAUUAAUUAUAUACCUUUAGAGCUACUUUGUAAUACAUUCAUCAGGCAUUAUCCUUUUUAUUCAGAUGAGAAAGCUGAGCCUCUUGAGUUGGUGGUGGUCAAGGUCACAUAAUUUAUGAUGAUAUAAGGUGUGGAUACAUAUUUUAUGACUCCUAAUCUUUCAUAUUUAGCAGUUAAUCAAAGCUGUCUGAAUUGUAUUUUUAUUUUAAACUUUUUAUCAGCAUCAUUUACUCAGACAUUCAGUCAAAAUUUUUUUGAGGUACUGAGAAAGAUGUAUUAAAAAAUACAUUUGUAGCCCUCAACAUGUUUAAUAGCCAGUGGAAAGUGACAAUCAAUAAACCAGCCAUUUCAGUACUAUGCUGUGUGUUAUGAAGUUGCCGUAGCCUGAUACUUUGUUUAGUUUAAUUCUGUGCAUCCCAUCACUGAGUGUGAAUUUAAAAUAAAAUGCCUCAUUUUUUCCAAUUCAGGGAAAUCAUCAAACAUAAAGCAUAGGCUAGAAAUUUUAAACUCAGGUACAGUAACCUUUUAUUUAAUGAUAAUAAAGAUUAAGGAAACAUUUAGCACAUUGAGAAAGAUUAAUAUUUUUCUAAUUCUUCAUUGUGCAUGAUUUUAUUCAAAGUUUAUAAAUUUACAGAAUAUUAGACAACCAUAUUUCACUUUAUGUAUCAAAACAUUCCAGUCCAAAUAAAAGUUAUUUUUAUUA